GUCUGAUAUGUUGUUCAGCAGGUGGGUGAUACAGGCGGGGACUGAAGGGGUGAGGGGUGGAGAGGGAGAUGAUUUAGGGGGGGGGGGGAAUGCACCAGUGGAGAGGGAGAGAUUGAAGAUGUGGGUGAGGGAGCAUAGGAUGGAGGAGGAGGGUGCCCGGAGGAGUUGUGUGGGGGCAGGGUCAAGGGGGCAAGUGGUGAGGCGGGCUUCUGAGAAGACCUUGGUGACCUCCUCAGUGGUGGCAAGGCUGAAGGAGCGGAGUGUUGGGGAGGUAAAAGUGUGUGGGAUGUUAGAUGUGGUGGGGGGGGGCAGGGCGGUUGCGAGGUCAGAGGAGGGGAGAGUAGGUGGGGUUAUGGUGGGAGGGAGGCUAGGUGGGGAGGUAGGUUGA